AUGGCCAUCAUCCUGUCCAUCCUAUGUUGGUCGGUCGUGGGCUCAACGCACGCUUUGGGGUGGGACCAUAGUCUUCGAAGUUACGUUGUCUCAGUACAGGAUCUUCGCAUGAUAGCUCCAGGUCCUUCUCGAGCCACAACACUCUCCACGUACAGGCUUCUCCGACGGCGCGACGAGGAGAAUCCAUCUUCACAGAACCACCUAUUCCAAAGCUGCAUCAACAAAGCUUCUAUUCUACAUGAUGCUGUUCCCCACUUCUGCGGAGGUAACUAUGGUUGGCUACCGCAGUACUGGGUCAUUGAUAGCCUUGAUGCCCAGCACAAUCGCUUGUUCCUCCGACACCACCUUCGGACGAUCACCAUCUGGACGAUGGUACUUGCUCGCUAUGUAGAGGUUAACGAUACAUUCGUGGGCAAACUGCAACUUUCCACGGCUCCCUUGCUCUUUCAGACAGGCAUGUUCGGUAUGCACACGCUUCUCAUGUUUCUCUCCGUGUACAUUCUAUCGCGGAAAGGCAUCAGCGCGAGUAGACGAACUAUGCUGCUCAUCCUCAUACUUGUCAUCUAUGCGAGCAGCACAGUACACUGGGCACUUGCCACAUCAGCCUUUGACAAGUUGAUCAGAGAUCCUACUGGGGCGCCGGGACCAUCUCCAGCUGCCACGAUCACUAGUGUGACACUCAUCGGAAUCAAUGUCACUUUGAGCGAUGUGAUUGUACUCUGGAGAGCACACGUGCUAUGUGGCCGGGGCCGCGUCGUACUCUUGAUUUCGUCGGCCUUGUUGGUAUCCACUCCUACUUGCCUUCUCGUGAACGUUAUCAUUCUCGUGAAGACGACACUCUCAAAGGAGUCUCUCGCACAGACAGCAGGAGACACCGUCAUCGGCGCUCUUGGAGUCCUGUCUUCCUGUCUCACGAACAUAUGGGCCACUUCGCUCGUGAUCUUCAGAACAGUGAAGUAUCGGCGGGACUUCGUCAAGUUCCUACGAGAUCACGGGCCGGGCAGAAAUGAGAGGGUGUUGAUGCUUCUCGUCGAGAGCGGCGUGUUAUAUUGUAUGUUCUGGAUAGCAUUGCUGGCCAUGGCUUGGUCCGGACUCAACAACGCGCAAACGGAGGAUGUAACCUCGCCGUCGCUCGUAGCUCAAUCCUCCAUUUUUGCCAGUAUGGCCCAGCUUUGCGGCAUAUAUCCUACCCUCGUCAUCGUCGCCGUAUGUCUACAGGGCGCCGCAUACCGCCCGGAGAUUCUGACAGGUCAGCUCCCUGGCCUGGACACGCAGAACGGGCAUAUAUCAACGCAAUUGGAGUUCGCACGUGCGAGAACACAGGCGACGAUGCAGAGGAGAAGUGACACCGUCUCCGUGGGUCUACCGCCCUUCUCGUCCGACCUGGACAUGGACCUGGAGCAGGACUCGCACGAUCAUCAAAGACUGGGAGAAGCGGAUAAGAAGUCUGUGCCGUCUGUGCCGUGGUGA